AUGAUCUCCAAAGUUCCUUAUCUUCUUCCACCGGCCGGCUUCGACGCAAGGGAUUACUCUGAGCUAGACGCGGUGGUCAGCCUUGCGGUGGGUGAUUCCUACCUGGGCUCAAAGCUGAGGAAACCUCUCUGGGCGGCCGGGAGAGGACAGGACCCACCCGGGUCCUUCCUGCUCCGUCCCCAGCAGGCUCCUUUCGAACCGCAUCGAGGAGAUGGACAAGAGCCCAAAGCUCAUUCCUUGCUUCCCCCGGGCCGCCUUCCCCGAGGCUUUGCGCCUCUCAGCCUCCUCCUCCUCCUCCUCCUCCUCCUCCUCCUCCUCCUCCUCCUCGAGGAGACGGGUGUCCUGGAGAAAGGGAGCGCCCAGGCCGGGACACCCGGGAGCCCAAGCGCGGUGGCGGUGGGGCUUGGACCACCCUGGCCCGGGGUCACCGCAGCCUCUCUCUCCCGGAACGCGCGCACCCUCCGGGCCAGGGCAGGGGCUAGAGCGGCUUCUGUGUUUAUUCCAGGCAUUAUUCUGGCCCUGAGGGGAGGGGAAGGGGGGGGGGGGUCUGAAACCGAGAAGCCUUGGCUUCCUCCACAGCUCUUCUCCGUAGCCCUUCACCCAUCUCCCCCUGCACCCCCCACCCCCCGGGCCCGGGUUAUCAGCCCCAGCCUGGCCUCUGCCAGAGCUCCAGCCGGCCCUCGGGCGCUCCAGUCUGUCCCCUCCCUUCCAGUUCCAUCCUGCAGCUCCGGGCAGUGGAGAGCAGCUGGACUCCCGCCCACCCUGCUCCCUCGGCACGAUGUUCAGUCUUUCUUACACGUUGCAGUAUUUUCACGGGCCCGAAUAAUGCAUCUUAUCGAGUCUUCUGAACCAUCGAAUCGGAGCCUCUUUUCCUUCCUAGAGAAGACCACACCAGUCAUUUCUAAAAUCCUGAGAUGAGCAAAGUGAUUUCCGUAAGAAGCAGCAGAGUCAUGUAGCGAUUUCAAAUGUCAACUUCAGGCUGUUGAAGAAAAACAGCUCCCUUCACACUCCCCUCGCCCUCCCAAACAUCGAGUUUCCACCACCUGAAUGCAACCCGGGGGCGGCAGGACCCCCGGUUGGGCCUAGCUGCAGCUGGGGAGAUUUUCUUGGGAAUUCUAUCUGGCAUCUUUAAGCAGGGGAGAUGGGGUGGGAAGGGGAGGCAGUUGGGCAGUAUGAAAAAACGGGGGAGGGGGAGGGAAAUUGAUUAAGCUUUAUUUUAAAUUGAGCAGGGUCCUUCCUGACUAGAGGAUUACCUCCUGGAGGAAGGACCUAGAAUCCUUAACCAUUUUCUUUAGAUUAGAAAACAAGUAGCUCAUUCAAAUGCUGUCAAUUUACUCAGACAGAAAUAGUCCAAGAGAAGGUGAUUUGUAUGCUGGAUAUUUGUCCUUCAGAGCAAAGGCCAGUGAUGCUUUGGCCAUAUAAACAUAAAUCCAUUUCCACUUCUGUGUCGGUCUGUUCCUUUGAGGGAUGUCUGUGUGUGUGUGUGUGUGUGUGUGUGUGUGUGUGUGUGUGUGGUGUAGUAGGGGCAUUAGUUUAAUUUCAUUUGGGGUGUUGUAUAGGGGUGCAUUCGUUUAUUUUAAUUUGCUGGAGUGUUAGAAGUGACCUACUUUGAUAUGGCUGAGCAUAUAGGGAGUGGGAUGGAGCCGAUUGCUUUGCUUUAAGACUGUGCCUUGGGUUGCUAGGUCAGAAUGAUUAAAAGCUUUCUCCUUGUGAUUUUUACACUCAUGGAUAAUCAGUGACUCAGACCUAUUUGCCUGCUCUCACCUCCAACUGUAUUCAGGAAACCAUCUAGCAGAAUGGUGCUGUGCUUUAUUAAAGCUUAACAUGUUUUUCAGAGGAGAGGGGAUUUUUUUUUUUUUACUUCCAGGAUGGAAGGUGAACUCCAUUCCAUUGGGGGAUGGAGGGGAAAUUUCCCACAGACCAUCCUUCUAACUUAGGUGAAUGCUGGUAUUAGAAGAACAAUUCGUUUCAUAUAAUGAAGAGCUCCACAGACAAACGCUUUGGGAGAGUGAGAAAAAAAAAAAUCCAUGGAAACAAACACACUCUGGCCAGUUGCAGAGGUUUAUUUUCUAAAGAAAAGUAGUCCUGUUUAUGGGCCAGAUUCUUUUCUUUAGCACAGCUUGGCACACAGUUAAGUGUUUAAUAAGUACUUGUUG